UACUAUUUGUUUAGUGCAAUUGGAUUGGGCUGUUGACAUGGUGUGUGUGCGUGUCUCUGCAUUGAUUGUUUUUUAAAAAUAAGUCAAAUUCUGCAGGCUCUCUAUAUAAAGAAAAGUGUUUGCAGUAUUUAAGAUUGCUUGAAGAGGAGAGAAGAAAGAAAAAAACAGUUAGCUAUGGAGGACGUUUUCAGAAGAUCUGACCAAAGAGGUGGUGCCGUCGAGGAAGAGAAAAGAGUCGAUUCUGUUGGUGUUCAUAAAGAAGAGAUUCCUGCUAAGGAAGGACCCUCCAUGGGACCUGAAAACUCAAGGGCAUCUUCAUCAGGCGUAAAAAUAGAACAGGAUGGUCAGCUUGAAUCUGCGAGAGCCAAGAUGGGUGAAGUGAGAGAAGAAAAUGAAAGACUGAAGAUGUAUUUAGAUCGGAUAAUGAAUGACUACAAGACCCUUCAAAUGCGAUUCCAUGACAUUGUUCAGCAAGAGGAAAAGAGAUCUAAAGAGAUUUCUGACAAAGAAGUGGAAGAAACUGAGCUUGUUUCUCUAAGCCUUGGAAGGAUUUCAAGUGAUUCGAAAAAGGAAGAGAAGACCAAAACCUCCAGUUCAGGAAAAGAGGAAGAUCAGAAAGUUAAACAAGACUUGUCCCUUGGACUCGAAUGCAAAUUUGAAAUGCCAAAAUCUGAUGCCAAUGAAGCUUUACCUGAUCCAAUUCCUAGCCCCACAAAUAGUUUUGAAGAAUCAAAGGAAGAAGCUGGCGAGACUUGGCCACCUAGUAAAGCAUUGAAGACUGUGAGAAGCGGAGACGAAGACACUUCUCAACAAAAUCCAGUCAAGAAAGCUAGGGUUUCUGUUAGGGCUAGAUGUGAUACCCCAACGAUGAAUGAUGGUUGCCAAUGGAGGAAAUAUGGACAAAAGAUUGCCAAAGGAAACCCCUGCCCCCGGGCUUAUUAUCGCUGCACUCUUGCACCGUCAUGCCCAGUCAGAAAACAGGUGCAAAGAUGUGCUGAGGAUAUGUCUAUCUUAAUCACCACCUAUGAAGGAACCCACAACCACCCACUUCCAAUGUCGGCAACCGCUAUGGCUUCCACAACUUCUGCAGCCGCAUCCAUGUUAUUGUCUGGCUCAUCAUCGAGCUCUCGUCCUGGUUCCACUGCACCAUCUACCGGCAUCACAGUAGCCAAUAAUAAUCUCCAUGGACUAAACUUUUAUCUAACCGAUACCUCAAAGUCAAAGCAGUUCUAUUUACCCCAUUCUUCACUAUCAUCUACACCUUCAUGCCCAACAAUCACUCUUGACCUCACCACAACACCACCUUCUUCCUCUUCUCCUUUCGGUAGAUUUAGUACAAAUUAUCCCUCAACUGCUCCAAGAUAUUCUGCCACAAGUCUCAGCUUCGGCUCUUCAGAAUCUAACUCAAUGUCAUGGGGCAACAAUUUACUUAGCUACGGUAGCACUCAGCCAAUCAUCAAAAAUCAAAUUGGAAGUUUAAACCUAGGGCUAGUAGCAAGACAGCCUAUGGAGAAUAUUUAUCAAUCCUACAUGCAAAAGAGUAACAUUCCAACUGCUCCUCAACAAUCUAUACCAGCAGAUACUAUAGCUGCCGCAGCUAAAGCUAUAACUGCGGACCCAAGUUUCCAAUCUGCUUUAGUAUCAGCCCUCACAUCAAUCAUUGGAACUGGCAAUAGUGGUGGAACCAGUGGCGCAAGUCAGGUUGGCGGAGAAGAUAAUCUUGGAGUACUUCAGAAACUUAAGUGGGGUGAGCAAUUUCCGGUGGCUUCUAGUUACUCAGAAAGUGCGAAAGGCAAUGGUUGCGGAUCAAGCUAUUUGAACAAAUCAUCAACGGCGACAAAUACUCAGCCGGGAAGCUUGAUUUUUCUACCACCUUCAUUACCACUUUCCUCUUCUAAAAGCGCAUCUGCAUCUCCUGGUGAUAAUAGAGAGCACACAAAUUGAGUUUCCAAAAACUUUUUACGAAUUUCCAACGAUAUGUAAUGUUGUUUACUUUUCAUUCAGACUGUGAUGUACAAUAGAUAAAGGAAAUGUGCUUGCACAGCCAUUGCAAGGAUUCUUUUAAUUGUUGGUUAAUUUUGACUUUUUGGUUGUAUAAAUAAUUUGUAUAAUA